CUGGGCGGCGGCGCAGGAUGGAGGCAUCCGGGACGACGCGGACUUGGGGCGCCCUGCCGGCGGCGGGGAGGCGCUGCGGCCGGGCGCUGCUGUGGCUGCUGCUCCUGGGUCUCGGCAGCCCCGCGGCCACGCUGGCCGGGUACAUCGAGGCACUGGCGGCCAACGGUGGCAUUGGGUUUGCUGUGGCCGAGCCUCAGAUCGCCAUGUUCUGUGGAAAGCUGAAUAUGCAUGUGAAUAUCCAGACUGGGAAAUGGGAGACGGAUCCUUCCAGGACAAAAAGCUGCUUUGGAAGGAAAGAAGAGAUUCUGCAGUACUGCCAGGAGAUCUAUCCAGACCUUCAGAUUACAAAUGUGGUAGAAGCCAAUGAACCGGUCUGCAUUAAAAACUGGUGUAAGGAGGGCAAGAAACAGUGCAAGGGCCAUACCCAUAUUGUUGUACCCUUCAAAUGUCUUGUAGGCGAGUUUGUCAGUGAUGUUCUCUUGGUUCCCGAAAAAUGCCGCUUCUUCCACAGGGAGCAGAUGGAUGUGUGCAAAAGUCACCAAUAUUGGCACAUUGUAGCAAAAGAGGCCUGUUUAACUGAAGGGAUGAUUCUGCACAGUUAUGGGAUGUUGCUGCCUUGCGGCGUAGACCAGUUCCGUGGCACGGAGUAUGUGUGUUGCCCUCAGACCAAAAUUGUAGACGAAGCUCUCUCUAAAGAGGAGGAGGAAGAGGAUGAAGAGGAGGAGGAGGAUGAAGAUGAGGAUGAUAACAAGAGUUCUCAUUCUGUCCCUCCUAGUGAACUGCCUACUGAAGCCGAUGCAGAUGAUUUCACAGUAGGAGUCAUGGAGAUGAAUGAGGAGGAUGAGGAGGAACAAGAAGAAAAUGAAGAAGAAGUGGUAGUAGACCAGGAUUAUUAUUAUGAUAGCUAUAAAGAUUACAACGAGGAGCCUCCGUCGGAACCAAGCAAUGAAAGAUCUUUCUCUGAGAAGGAAAUCAUCAGUGAUGUGAAAGCUGUCUGCUCCCAGGAGGCGAUGACAGGUCCCUGCUGGGCUGUGAUGCCUCGUUGGUACUUCGACAUAUACAAGAAAAAGUGCAUUCGCUUUAUAUAUGGAGGCUGCGGAGGCAACAGAAACAAUUUUGAGUCAGAGGAGUAUUGUAUGGCUGUGUGUAAAAAGAUGAUUCCCCCGACUCCUCUGCCCACUGAUGAUGUAGAUGUCUACUUUGAAACACCAGCUGACGACAAUGAGCAUGCCCAUUUCCAGAAAGCAAAAGAGCAGCUAGAGAUUCGACAUCGUAACCGCAUGGACCGGGUAAAGAAGGAAUGGGAAGAAGCAGAGUUCCAAGCCAAGAACCUUCCAAAGGCAGAGAGGCAGGCCCUGAUGCAGCGAUUCCAGACGAUGGCCAAGUCACUCGAGAAGGAAGCUGCCAGUGAAAAACAGCAACUUGUAGAAACUCACCUUGCUCGCGUAGAAGCCAUGCUGGAUGAACGCCAUCGCAUCACCCUGGAAAAUUACCUGGUUGCUCUGCAGACUGACCCCCCACGGCCCCACCGUAUCCUCCAAGCCUUGAAACGUUAUGUCCGUGCUGAGAACAAAGACAGACUGCACACAAUCCAUCAUUACCAGCAUGUUUUGGCUGUGGAUCCUGAAAAGGCUGCACAGAUGAAAUCGCAGGUGAUGACACAUCUCCAUGUGAUAGAGGAGAGGAUGAAUCAAAGUUUAUCCCUGCUGUACAAAGUACCAUAUGUGGCCGAAGAAAUCCAGAAUGAGAUUGAUGAGCUCCUUCAAGAACAGCGAACUGAUAUGGACCAGUUUACUUCUUCCAUCUCCGAAUCCCAGGUGGAUGUCCACGUGAGCUCCGAAGAAAGUGAAGAGUCCCCUCUCUUUGAUGGUAAACCUUUCCGUCCAUUCCAGGUGAAAACUUUCCCAGCUUCUUCAAAAAGUGAAGAUUCUCAGCCGGAUUUGUACCAUCCAGCGAAAAAAGGCUCUGGCCUGGCCGAUCUCGGUGGGCUGAUUGGAGCAGAAGAGAAAAUGAUUAACAGCAAGAACAAACUGGAUGAGAAUGUGGUUAUUGAUGAAACACUUGAUGUGAAGGAAAUGAUUUUCAAUCCUGAGCGAGUUGGUGGACUGAUAGAUGAACCGAAAACCGACCGUGCCCUGCGUGAGGACUUCAGCUUCAGCAGCAGCGCUCUCAUUGGCCUUCUGGUGAUAGCAGUUGCCAUAGCUACAGUUAUAGUCAUAAGCCUGGUGAUGUUGAGGAAGAGGCAGUAUGGAACCAUCAGCCAUGGAAUUGUAGAGGUUGACCCAAUGCUAACUCCAGAGGAACGGCAUCUGAACAAGAUGCAGAACCACGGCUAUGAGAAUCCAACGUACAAAUAUCUGGAGCAGAUGCAGAUUUAAAGGGUGUUGAAAGUGUGGCAUCCCUGACCAGCAAAUGUUUAGGGGAGAAAGGGCCAAAAUAGUCCAUUGUUUUGGAUCAACUACUGACCAACUGUUGCUUGAAGAGGACUUCAUCUUACAUUCAGAGUUCCUGGAUCAUUUAAGACUUAAUUACUACUGUAGAGUUUCAAUUUCCAUUCUUUUAAAUGGGUGAGGAAAUGAUAAUAUAACAAUAUAUGAUAUAUAAAACAUAAAUGGGAAAACGGAUCUAUUGCAGAUAUUUGAGAUGUAAUUUUUUUUCUUUUUUAAGAAACCUAAUCUAAUGAGAAGAAAUUCCAGUGCUGUUGUAUUGUCUGAUAACAAGCUCUCUAUAUACAUGAGAAAUUAUGUUUUAUUUCUGAUUUUCCACUUGUAUAUUCCAGGGUAUUUGUACCAACCACAUUGUAUAAACAAGUAAUUUAGU